CAGACGAAACAAACGCAGCACGAGCCAGUUAAAGGUAGUCGGUCUUUCCACACCGCUCUGUCCUCGCUAUUGCUCAACGCAGACAGUCUGCCAAAGACAACAGCAGAACCUCAGGAGGAUUGUAAAAUGGAUGAGAAAUAGUAAACAAAAGCGAUACAGCUUGUAAAAGUCUCCAUCUAAACUCCUGAAUCAGAGGAGUGUAUUUCAUGCCAUCAAUCUUCAAGCGACUUUAAGGUCCAAAAUGGCUGAUGUGGGAAUAUUUACUUUGCUCAGUCUUGUGUUUGGCUUCCAAGCAUCUUUUCUCAUCUUACCAGUCAGAAGUGAACUGUCCUGUCUGAUAUCUGCUGACCAGCGCAGAGCUAACUGCCAAGGCCUUCGACUGCAGCAUGUCCCUGUGGAGCAGCUGCCUCCCUCUCUAGAGGAGGUAGAUCUUUCCUAUAACAUUAUCCAGGUCAUCCGAAAUAUGGACUUUGUUGGGCUGCCUCUGUUACGGGUCCUCUGGCUUCAGUUUAACAACAUAUCUGUAAUUGAGGAUGAAGCCUUUCAGGAAAAUUCACUACUAGAAGAUGUGAAUAUCUUCAACAACUCAUUGACAAUUAUUCCAUCAAAAGCUCUUGCUCCACUCAGCAGGCUUAAAAACCUAGAAAUGUCAAAUAACCUCUACACUGAGGCCACUCUGGAUGAUGUGUUUUUGAAUUUCAGGAAUCUAAAAGUACUGUCCAUGGGUGGUCCCGUUGUUGGUAUUUUGAAAAAAGGGGAUCUUGAUGUGUUACAGAAUGUGUCUUUGGAGAAGUUUGCCAUCAAAACUGGUUCAAGUCUGGAUGUUUAUGAACCAGGGUAUCUGAAGAACAUCCAGACAAACAACAUGUGGCUGGAUGUGGCCAUAGAUAACAGAACAUACGCACUCCCUAUGAUAUUAAAAGACCUUGCAAACAAAACAUUUGUGGUUCUCCGUUUUCGCAAUCUUUUUGAGUUUAAGUAUUACACAGACAAAGAGGAUAUUUUCUAUGGCUUGAAGUAUAUCAACUCCCAGCAGCUGAUCUUUUAUCGAGGGAAAUUCAAUGAGGAGCUCCUGAGAAUGGCCCUCAUUAAUUUGCAAAAAAGUCCAAUUAAAAGUCUAGGACUUCUGUUCAUUGAUUUUGCCAGGUCACAGAGAUUUGUGAAUAGUGAGCAGGCAUCCAGUGUGACAAAUCUAGCGCUGGAAAUGUUGGUUCUCUCGGACAUCAGCAACCCAGACAUCCUGCGCUUUGACUGGCGUUUUACGUGGCUUAACAAGAUCCAUCACCUACACAUACACAAUGUCAACUUUAACACUGUGCCCUGUGAUGCAUGGAAAGAGAUGAGGGGGGUUGAAAUCCUGGAUGUCUCCAAAAACCAGCUGAAGGACAAAUAUCUCUUUAACCAACAGUGUAACUACGGAGAAACGAUGCCAUCGCUUCGCACCUUUAACCUCAGCGAUAAUCAACUGACCAGCCUCAGUUCUUUUGCAGCUCUUGCUGGGGAAUUCAAACGCCUGCAAACAAUUGAUAUCAGUCACAACAAGCUAGGCUCCGAAGGGAACAACAUCUGCUCCUGGAAACAGAACAUCACUAAAGUCAUUGCUAAUCAUAAUACAUUGGUUAUUGACAGCUUUAAAUGUCUCCCCACCACCGUGCUGUACCUUGAUCUCUCAUACUGUAAUCUAGACCAAUUAGACAUGGACUACUUUAGAAAGGCCAUUGGUCUGAAGGAGGUCUACCUCAGUGGUAACAAAAUUAAAUUCAUUGCCUCUGGUUGGAGGAGCCCUAAUUUGAAGUCACUAGCUUUAGAUGGAAACUCAUUUGGGCUUAUUAGUAUGAGUUCUUUUAAGGGAAUGCCUAACCUGGAACGCCUCAGGGCAGGUAACAACCCCUACCACUGCACCUGUGAUCUCCACACCUUUAUACAGGAGACCACUGUCAAGGGUAAAGUCCAAAUCACAGACUGGCCAGAGAACUACAAGUGCUACUACCCAGCUGAUCUGCUUAAUACAAUGGUAUCGCAGUAUUUCCCAGGUCAUGUAGCCUGUGAUAUCAGACUUGUCAUCGUUAUAUCUGUGGUCACCACUGCGGCUGUCGUGCUGGCUAUCAUGUUAUUGUGCUAUGUAUUUAGUAUACCCUGGUAUGCUAAAGCUACAUACCAGAUCGUCAGGGCCAAAUACAGGGCUCAUAAAGAAGGAGUAGGGCUGUCUAUGGACUACACCUUCCAUGCUUUCAUCUCAUACAGCCACUCAGAUGCUGACUGGGUAAGGGACAAGCUACUGCCAUGUCUGGAGAACAGUAGACCCCCUUACCGUAUUUGCAUCCAUGAAAGGGACUUCAUGCCAGGAAAGUGGAUCAUCGAUAACAUAAUUGACAACAUUGAAAACAGUCAGAAGGUUAUCUUUGUGCUGUCACGGCAUUUUGUGAACAGUGAGUGGUGCAACUAUGAACUCUACUUUGCCCAGCAGCGAGCUAUUGGCAAGACCUUAAGGGAUGUCAUCCUGGUGGUGAAGGAGCCCAUCGAUCCUAAAUCUCUGCCCAGCAAGUACUGUAAACUGAAAAAGAUGCUGAAUACCAAAACGUAUUUGGAGUGGCCUGAACAGCCUAAACAGCAGGUCUUCUUCUGGGCUCAGCUGAGGAGCGUCCUGGGAAAGCCGAAUCUCAUAAAACAGCACUCAGUCACUGAACACAGACGUGCCUCCAGACUGAGCAGAGUGUCGGUUAUUGGGCUGCCAGUGGAGAACCAGGGGUCUGUAGAUGUUCAGCCAAAUAUAGAUCCAGAUCCAGGAGCAGAGGUCAAACCUCAGACCACAGGAGAGACUGGAGAUCAUCCAGAGAACCAGGAUCUCAAGAUACCACUGGAACAGAUGGGCAUCCCUGUAGAAAACAUGGUUUCUCAGCUGGAAAGUGCGAUGGAAAGCCUUAUAAAAGUGUUCCACACCUAUUCUUCCAAAGAGGGGGACAAAUACAAACUCAGUAAAGCAGAGCUGAAGAGUCUUCUUCAGGGAGAACUAAGUGACUUCUUAGCAGCAAGUAAAGAUCCACUUGUUGUGGAGAAGAUAAUGUCUGACCUGGAUGAGAACCGGGAUGGGGAGGUGGACUUCCAGGAGUUUGUAGUUCUAGUUGCAGCACUUACUGUGGCAUGUAAUGAUUUCUUUGUUGAGAGUAUGAAAAACUGAGGUCCU